CAAUGAUGUGAUUUGUUGAUUUUAAGCAAGGUCUAGCUAGCGAACGAACGAUUGGAAAUGAUCUAGUCGCAUUUCUAUAAUUUUUGUGGUGCUUUAUUAUUUAUUUUAAUUAUGUAAAUUUCUGUAACAAGUUAGGACUGAAAAGUACUUUAUCGUAAUUUUCAAUGAUGAGCCUCUCAAGAGGUACUUUCACAUUGAUAUGCGUAUUACUGUUACUGUCAAUAAUCGUGGCUACUUUCCUAAAUGCAAUCGCGACAGACCACAAUUUCUACUUGGACUACAAGUCAGAAGAGGAAAAUCACGCAAAAUAUUUAGGCAGCAAGUAUGGUCAGAUGACUGAUGAUACGAAGAAUAUUGUAUGGUUUUUACAAAUAACUGAUAUACAUUUAAGCAUAUUUCGAGAUCCAGGAAGAAUAUCCCAAUUCCAGCAGUUUUGUGAUGUUACUGUAAAAAUAGUUAAACCAAUGCUAGUGUUAGCAUCUGGUGAUCUGACUGACGCCAAGGCCCGGGACAAUUUGGGGAGCUCACAAGUGAAGACAGAAUGGGUGUACUAUCAGAAUAUUAUUAAAGAAUCAGGUGUUACAGGCCACACCUUAUGGUUAGAUAUCAGGGGUAACCAUGAUAACUUCAACAUUAAAACAAUCAAUUCAGAACAGAACUAUUUUCAAAAUUAUUCAGUGCAAGGAUCUAAUCAUCAACGGUCAUAUCUUAACAUUCAGGAGAAGAAUGGGUUGAGGAUAGCAUUUCUAGGUAUUGACGCAUGCCCAGAGCCAGGCCUCAGGAGACCAUUUAAUUUCAUAGGCAUAUUAGAUGGACAGGAACAAGAUAAUUUAAAGAAAUUAAAAUCUGAAGCUGAACGUAGUGCUGAUCACAUAGUUUGGUUUGGUCACUACCCCUCUUCAUGUAUCUUACCUUUGCAAAAAGAUAGUCAGAAAAUGAGUUUGAGAGAUGAAAUCGGUAGUAAUGCAAAGUCUUUGGUAUAUCUCUGUGGACAUUUACAUACUAUGGGGGGUAUUGUACCUAGAAUGUACACGAAGCAAAAGAAAGGUUAUCUGGAGCUUGAACUGGCAGACUGGAAAGACAGUAGGAUGAUGCGACUCGCUGCCAUUGAUCAUGGGAUAUUUUCAUUUGUGGAUCAGAAACACAAUACAUGGCCUUUGGUUUUAGUGACAAACCCAAAACAUGCACAAUACAUAAUGCCAGGCAGAGAACCCUUACAAUUAAUUCAUGAUUCCACACACAUAAGAAUAUUAGCAUUCAGUAAUGUAGAAAUUAUAGAUGUAAAGGUUUCUUUUGAUAAAGUAAACUGGGAGAAGUGUAUCCAAAGAGAAGGGCCUCUUUAUGUUUGUCAAUGGUCACCAUAUAAGUUUGCCAGUGGGUUGCACCACUUGUUUGUGACUGUUACUGAUGAAUUAGAGAAAGAGACAACAAUCGACCACAUCUUUUCUUUAGACGGCUCAUCUGUAAGAUUUGAAAUACCACCAAGAAUUCUUCUCAUGCUUGAUGCUUGUACUAUUUUUCAGGGUGUAUUUGCGACAUUACUUCUGGCCGCUAUAUUACCGUUGGUAUAUUUGAGGUUCCAGAAGCGUGCACCUAAGUAUAACAGAACAUGUGGAAGCCAUGUUCUAAGAAGACUAUGGUUAUUGAGCAAAAUAGACAAAAUAUACUAUCCCUUGAUCCUGUAUACCAUUUACCUGCCAUUUGGGCCAUGGGCAAUAGGAGAAUUGAUAGAUGAUCACAUUGGGAUUGUGUUUGCAUGGGGUAUAGUCAUAAGGGGCACAUUUAUACCUGAAGCUUUUACUUAUAUGUAUGGUAGCGUCCAAAUAAUGUUUGUUCAAAUUCCUUUAUUAUUUGUACUGGCACAUAGCUUGAAGACCAAACUGUUCUGCCAAAAUAUAAAAGGGGUUAGAAGACUAUUUAGUAAUUUACCAUUUAUAUUUUUACUUUCGAUACAGCUGUUAUUAGCUUAUUUCUUCUGGCUGGAAUAUGGCACAAUGGCGUUUAUAUUCGGGCCACUGAGAACAUGGAGUGUGCCCUUAAAUAUUAUGCUGUGGUAUAACACAUGGAAUUUGCCCCUGGAGCAUUGUAGGAAACUUAGAAAUCUAAACGAUUCAUCAUAAUACAGCAUGAAAAAGGGUUGAAUAUACGUGUGGUGAGACCUAGUAUUUAUGUAAUAGGUACUCAAAAGAAAAUCACAACGACUCGGCAAAAGACAAAAGACAUAUACCUUAUUAUUAUUUAUAAUUAUGAUACACGUCAAUACGCUUGCUUAGGGCUGUUUAAACAAGUAUUUUUUGCACCAAAGAUUAAGGAAGACUACAUUCCACUUUGUGAUUGUAAUGUAUAAAGGGCAAAUACAUAUUACUUGCGCGGCGGAACGAGUAGCUAUAUCAUCAUUUUAGGCUUGUUUAUUGCAUUUUAUGAAUGUUCUAGAUUUUUACGACGAUAAUACAACUAAAAAUAUAUUACAUAACUUUUGCCAUUAUCAAAAUUUAUUGUUGCAGCUAUGAAUGCGACUAUAUAAAAGAGGCUUUUAAAAAAACUAUUAUCUUAAAGUCUAAUUUUUCUUGACAGUGUGAAAAAAAUGUUGAAAGUUUCGUCGUAGCAUAUUCCUAUAUAGUCAUAAAUUACAGUUAUCAUAUUGAAAAUUGCAAUUUUUAUAUCAAGCAAUCAACAUUUUCUUUUAAAAUGUGUACUGUAUGGUGCUUUUCAAUAGUAAUACAUAUAUCAAUAAAACACUCAGGUAUACAAAAAUAUCAAUAUAAUAUCAUACCAAUACAACCCUGUCAAAUUACCACUUAACGCCAUAUUUACGUAUAUAAGACAGGCUGUGAAAUAGAGAGCAGGUACCUAUAUAUUAUUAUAUUGGUUUUACUACAAAAUUAUAAUUAAAUAUAACAUUCAUUUUUAAUUAAUUACCAUAGACGUUAGUUUAAAUAUUAGUUUAGUAUUUUUAAUUCAUACAAUAUUAUCACUGUGUAAAUGACAUUUGCACUUUGCAUUGUUUCUUUUUAAACAUUUGCCAACAGUACUUGUACGAUGUACAAAACAACGAAGAUAUAGAGUACUUAAUAUCUCUUCAUAAUGCCUGAUAACAUUAACAAUAGCUACAGUCAACAGCACAUCAAGUUAGCCUGCAUGAGCUUCUAUGUCGCGGUUAUAACGGCGAGUUUGCAAUGUAUUUGGAUAAGUUGAUCUGCUGUUGACUGUACUGACAUGUAGCCUAGUCAUCAAAGAUAUAUUUUUAAAUGUAUGCGUGAAUAUGCAUAUUAAAUGUUGUAACGGCAAAAUUAACCAUAUUCAUGUGUAAUUAUUUAUUUUUGAAACAAUAUAAUUGUUUAAAAAAGAUAGUACGUACAAACUGUAAAAGUAUUGACGAAAUGUAUUUCUUUGUUCUGUUUUUUUUUUUUAAAUUAUAAACGACAUGUAGGUUAUUGUUUUGUAAUGAAAAUACAUCGAGAAUAUUAUUUUUAUAACAGUCAUUACUUUCUAGUCUGUAUAUUUUUUAAUACACAGUAAAAUUGUAUUUUAUUUUACUUUAUAAUAUGGCAGGCUUAAAUCAAGCUUGUACAAUUGUACAUUUUACAAUACAGUCAACAAAACUGACCAUUGGUUUACAUACAAAAUUAUAUAGAAAUAAAAAAUGAUACAAUAAAAAAGGAAUAAAUUAUUUUUGUAAUACCUAUUUUCAUGUAAUUUUACAAAAAAUAUUUACUUACAUUUAAAGAUAUACAUAAUCUUUCGACAUAUUUGAUCGAAUGGAAGACACUUAGAAGACGUUUAGCUUUGUCGACUGUAGGUAUAUAUAUUUAUCUGUUUAUUAGAAGUCUUAAAUGUAUUAAACUGGCUUAUUUUUAAACGA